AUGCGCGAAGCUGGCAUUCACGAUCUCACCAGACUGCCUGGGGUCUCUCGGCGCACUGCGGCCAUUCUCUUUGACGACUACCUAAUCGACAACGCCCAGGUCCUCCGCGAUCGCAUCGCAGCUUUGCAGCCCGCAGUCCCACUCACCAGCGCAGCAGCAUGCCCUGGAGCUCCGGUGAAGCAGUGGGCGGAACACCCAGAGGCUCUGCGUCAGCAGGACAAGAAGGAUGGGCUGUUAAAGCUAUUCCCCACUGCCCUCAGCAGGGCUUGUAUCAUGCACGCGGACAGUUUCGGGGCGACGAUGGACGCUACAGAGUUCGAUGAGUGGCAGCAACAGCUCUUGUUGGUGCAGCAACGCCUGCGAGAGGGGGCUGCCCUGUCGCCCUUUCUGCCACUUGACAUUCCAAAGACGCCGGAAGGCCUUGAGUGGCCGAAGAGCCGCCCUGAAGGGUUUCGCACCUUACCGGUUCUGUCCCUUGGGGGCGGUAUAUUCCACGGAAGCAACAGAAAACUUACAUCUCUGUCUUUGCAGGUUUCGCUGCUGCCAAGUUGGGCAGAAGAAGAAGGCCUCUUACCUCCCACUCUAGAGCGGGCCGUCUGCACCGGAGGUGAAGGCACCGGACCCCGCGAGCUAAGCUGGGUGCAGCAGCAGUGGGAACGCGUCUCUAAGGCAUUUACCCGGCUGCGCAUGCAGCUACAUCGCAGCGUCGUGGAGGCAUUGCAGCAGCUCCACCUACUGAGUGAAGUCUUUUGCGAGAACUCCAGGACAAAGACAACUCAUGCAGCGGGCAGACUGCCUUGGCACCAGGAAAGUUACAGACUGAUAACGAUCCAAACCGUCCCGCCUCGCGCGUUUCCUUUCGCCACGUUAGCUGCUCGUUGCUGCGCUUCUGCGUAUCGGCGGUUGCAGCAGAAGACACAGCAGCAGUGGGGAUGCAGCCUCACACCUAGCGGCUUUUCUCUUGGUGCCGCCAGACCCCCCGCCACCAACUCCUCUUCUCCAGACAUGCCGGCGUCUGUGUCGUUGGCCAGAGCAGCUGCUGCUUCGAGCGGAGACACACCCGUUCAGAAUCAGGGCAAUGAGCUUAAUAAGACUUCGCCUGCUUUGGUUCCUCGUGUCUUGCCAGAACAGGCCUGGUGGGUCCUUGACGAACAGGGCGUACUGCGACUGCUGCAGGAGCCCCUCUCUAUGCAAGAACGUGUAGGAGACCUUGGUGCCUGCACGUAG